AGAGUAGGAGAAGCAGUGUAUUCUUAAUUCCGGAGAGAAAUUUUCGAUUGCGAUCCAACAAAUUUCAAAAAUUUUUCAUUCAAUUCAAAACAUAUUCCACAAAACCUUUUUAAAUUCUGUUUUCUUUUUUGUGUGUCUGGAAAAUAUAGAAAAAUCACAGGUUACUUUCAACCUUUUCCUUCCGUUUCUCUUGUUUUCUCGGUAACCAAACGCAUUCUGCCUGUUCUGCUACGUUUGGAUUCCAGCGUAGGGUGUGUGAGCAUAUCUGUCGUUUCCUUUGUCGUUGUGAAGAAGAUUUCGAAGCUAGAUAGAGAGAGAUUUUUCUGGUAAAUUUUGAGCUGGAUGGCUAGAUUUGGUGCAAAAUGGAGGGGAUUGAGAUCAGUCGGGAUGAAUUUGUUUAGCUUUGCAUUAGCUUUUGCGUUAGUUUCAGCUGAGAGAAGCUUGAAGCGUGAAGCUGAAAGCGGCAGCAAUGGAGCGGAUGAAUAUGGAACAAAUUAUAUUCUCAAAGCUGUUAAUUUCUUGUGGCAAUCUGAUCGAUCGGGUUAUCAACAUGUCUGGCCUGAAAUGGAGUUUGGUUGGCAAAUUGUCGUUGGCGGUAUUGUUGGGUUCUUCGGAGCAGCAUUUGGGAGUGUAGGAGGAGUUGGUGGUGGUGGCAUUUUUGUCCCCAUGCUUAGCUUGAUUAUUGGAUUUGAUCCUAAGUCUGCAACAGCUAUAUCAAAAUGCAUGAUCAUGGGUGCGGCAGGUUCAAGUGUUUACUACAACCUUAAGCUAAGGCAUCCUACACUUGAUAUGCCUGUCAUCGAUUAUGAUUUGGCUCUGCUUAUUCAGCCAAUGCUCAUGCUGGGUAUUAGUGUUGGUGUCACUUUCAACGUGAUAUUUGCUGACUGGAUGGUUACAGUUUUACUUAUUUUUCUCUUUAUAGGAACAUCAACCAAAGCAUUCUUGAAGGGUGUUGAGACAUGGAAAAAAGAAACCAUAAUGAAAAAGGAGGCUGCUAGGUGGUUGGAAUCAAAUAGUACUUCUAGUGCAGAGGUGGAAUACAAGCCCCUUCCUGGUGGUCCAACCAAUAGCCCACAAAAUGAUGCCAAGGACCAUGAAGUCACUGUUUUUGAGAAUGUUCGCUGGAAGGAACUUGGACUGCUUGUUUUUGUUUGGGUAGCAUUUCUUGUAUUGCAGAUUGCUCAGAGUCAUACAGCUACAUGCUCAACAGUGUAUUGGCUAUUGAACUUGUUACAGAUUCCAGUUUCUCUUGGGGUAUCGGGAUACGAGGCAGUUAGUCUCUACAAUGGGCGGAGAGUAAUUUCAUCAACGGGAGAGGAUGGCACAAGUUUCCGAGUGUUUCAGCUUGUUAGCUACUGUGCUUGUGGGGUUCUGGCUGGAAUUGUUGGUGGUCUUCUUGGUCUAGGUGGAGGAUUUAUCAUGGGUCCACUGUUCUUGGAGCUGGGGGUCCCUCCUCAGGUCUCAAGUGCUACUGCCACCUUUGCCAUGACAUUCUCCUCGUCAAUGUCUGUUGUAGAAUAUUACCUUCUGAAGCGUUUUCCUGUACCCUACGCUCUUUACUUCACUGCUGUGGCGACCGUCGCUGCUUUUAUUGGGCAGCAUAUUGUGAGAAAGCUGAUUAUUAUGUUUGGAAGGGCAUCGCUCAUCAUAUUCAUCUUAGCCUUCACAAUAUUUGUUAGUGCAAUAUCACUAGGUGGUGUCGGCAUAUCAGGGAUGAUUGGCAAGAUCCACCAGGGUGAGUACAUGGGAUUCGAGAACCUCUGCAAGUACACUGCCUAGCAUGUUUCUUCUGUUUCCUUCUUUCCUUCUCCCCUUUUAAUCCCUCCAUGUUGUAACUUGUAGCUGUUCUUCUUAGGCAUAAAUUCCUCUGCAACUAUUUAAUUUCCUUUUGGUAUCAUUUACUUUGUAAACGGGAAGGAAGGACACACUUUGCAACUAUUGAUUUGUAGUGAUGGAAGUUUGCUGUUCGAAAUCAUGUACAGGCGUGGAUGCUUUGCCAGAGAAAGAUAAAUGAAUGAGAAUGAUUGGU